CGUGGCAGAUAAACAGACAGAGGAAGCACCCAGCUAGCAGCAGUCAACUUUCCUAAUGACAGCUCCAGGAGCUGCCUUUCACCUGAAUCUGACACGGAAGCUUAAAUGACAGUACGACAUUACCUGAAACAAACGCGACUUUAGAAACGUCUGUGUGACAGCGCAGGUGACUAUGGGUCUCUGCAAGUGCCCGAAGAGAAAGGUCACCAAUUUAUUCUGCUUUGAACAUCGUGUAAAUGUGUGCGAGCAUUGCCUCGUCUCCAACCACAACAAGUGUAUCGUGCAGUCAUAUUUGCAAUGGCUUCAGGACAGCGAUUACAACCCCAACUGUACUCUGUGUAACACUCCUCUGACUGCUCAGGACACUGUAAGACUCGUCUGCUAUGAUGUGUUUCAUUGGUCGUGUCUCAACAACUUGGCAUCUCGGCUGCCCCUCCACACGGCUCCAGCUGGAUACCAGUGUCCCUCCUGUCAGACUCCAGUUUUCCCCCCUUCUAACCUUGCCAGCCCUAUCGCUGAUGUGCUAAAGGAGCAGCUGUCAUCUGUCAACUGGGCUCGAGCUGGUUUAGGGCUGCCACUGAUUGAGGAGCCUGUUGGGGUCCUUGAGGAGACCACAGCUAGUGACGUAACUGAUUAUACUGACUGGUCAACAUUUGGUGCACAAGAUCAAAGUAACGUUUACCCUAGCCACUCUUACAACACCAGCAUCAGCCCACCAGCACAUUCUGUCUCACCUCCAGCACAGGAGGAACAUGCAGGUCCCCGUAAAAACGGGGAUCAAAUUAUGCAGGAUCACUCUGUGAUGAACUUCACUACUGCUGCCUCUACCUGCGACACAAUCACAGUACACACAGCAUCAUCACCAAGAAAGGUCUACGACACAAGAGACGUUGGUCAUAGCUCCAUCACACAGAUUGACUUUGAUGAUGACAAGUACAGAAGAAGACCAACAUUAAGUUGGUUUGCUCAAAUUCUCAAAAAUCUCACUGGUGGAAGACGGACAUCUCUGUCUUGGAAACAGCGCGUCUUCAUGCUUCUCCUGGUUGGAGUUAUUGGAUUCUUUACGCUGAUAAUCAUCAUGGCUAAACUUGGACGUGCCUCUGCUGGCUCAGACCCAAAUUUAGAUCCUCUUCUCAACCCCAAUAUCCGUGUUGGGAAAAACUGAUAACAAGCAUUGAUUCCUUUUUUUUCCUUCUGUGUUACACAAUAUAAGCCUGGAAAGGCUUAGCUGAAAUGGGACUUUCCGAUUCACUGUCAGCCCAACAGAGGGAGCCAUUUACCCAAUUUGAAUGGGGAAGAGAAAGAGACAUUGCAUCUCUUUAGAACAGAGGAAAUCUCUGCCUCCAUUCAGUAGGAACAUGCCAGGGCCCUUCACAAACUAGAUGUUAUUACAUUCAGGAUCUUCCCUGCUAUUCUGGUAAAUCAACCCCUUAAGUCCAAAGGGGACCAAAGCCCUGUGCUGAUAGGUGAAGGAUCAACCAAUUGUUGCUUUGAAAAGCUAAUGAUUGGGAGAGUUAGUUCUUAUGUUUAACAAUUCCAGCUAACAAUUGUCGGUGAACUUUUAAAGUUGAAUCUUAAUUUCAGUAGAAACUAAACACUGUUGAUGUUUAAGAACAUCUUUAGCUUGCAGAAACAUCAGAAUGCACAUUAUCAACAACACAACAUUUAUGAACAACUACUAGUUUAUAAGCUGAUUACUCUUCUUUGGUUUGAGGAGCCUAUGUGCAUUUUAUUCCUGCUGAAAUGACUCAAUUCAGAGACCAGAUAAACCACACACAAACUAAAUACACAACUAUUUAAGGGUGUCAGCAUUUCUUUUGAAUUCAGUGCAUUGCUUUUUAAUUUUGCACACAUGCUGUAUGUAUUUUUUCUGAUGUUUCUUUUACUGUCUAUUAAAUGGGAAUAACUCAGAA